AUGGCCUCUAGAAAUCAAGGACAUCGGAGAUCUGGUUCCAAGGUGGGUUCAGAACCAUGUGACACAUCAUCUGAGAAUGAUCUAGCAUCUGACACCGUUCAAGAUUCUGUUUCUCUCAAGCAUAUGGAUGAACGUUUGUUGUAUGGGCUUUUGAAAUCCAUCGGUAGAAGAGCUGUUGUCACACUGAAUACUGGUUCAAAGAUCUCGGGUAUUCUCUACACAGUUGGUGAUUUACACGAGAAUAGUACUACUUUUUCUGUUUGUAUCAAGUACCCCUUGGUUGAAGGAUCUGCAUCAGAUCGUACUGUUUACAAGUCUGAAUACAUGAUUAUCUAUGACAAAGAUAUAGCCAUGAUCAAGUUUGAGCAUGUGGAUAUGAGGCCAUUGGAAAUUACCGAAACGGCUACUGUUAGUGCUGAAACUUCCGAGUCUGAUACCACUAGCGCCAUUCAUCAGUUCAAGACCGAUAUAGCCAUUUCAUCGGCUCGCCACUUUAAGGAGCACGCUCUUAAGCGGUGGAUGCCUGAUGAUGGUAACGAUGAUCAGCCUUUGGAAAGCUUGGGGGAUUCUAAGGAGAAUUCUAAUCGUUCAAGUCACUGGAAUCAAUUCGAGACUAACGAACGGAAGUUUGGAAUUCACUCCACCUUUGACGAAACUUUGUAUACCACCAAGAUCUCGAAAAAUGGACCUGAUUUCCAGAAGCGUCUUAAGGAAGCAGAGAAAAUUGCCCAUGAAAUAGAAUCUCAGGGAACACACGGUAAUGUUCAUCUGGCCGAGGAAAGAGGCCUUCAGGUCGACGAUAGUGGCAUGGAUGAAGAGGAUAAAUAUUCCGGCGUCUUUAGGGAUGCUCCUGUUGCAUCUGCAGGUCCUGAACGAGACUCUGCACUAUUGCAUCCAAAGGGAGACAAAAUUCUUAUGGGUCUGUUGAAGAACGGUGCGCAUUUUUCAGAUGUCAAACCUGCCGUUUCUGGUGAUAACCCAAUUCUUCGUCAACGUGCUGCCUAUUAUCACAAUGAUCCUGCGGUAAUUUAUUCUUCUGCCAUUAACAGGGCAGCUGUGAAGACAGAACCAACUGAAGUAUCAUCAGAUCCAAAGACGUCUCCAGCUUCCGUUGCAGGCUCUUCUUCGGUUUCUCCACCUAGUACUGUUCCUAAGAGGCCUUCCGUCAAGGCAUCGUCUCGCCAACCUGAUAUAAAGGCGUUGAAAGAGUUCUCCGCACACCUCAAACUACCAGGUGACGUUCCUAAGGAUAUAUUGCCUGUCAUCUCUAAGACUCACGAACAGAAGGAACAAUCAGAAAAGGGUAGAGAGAAUCAGAAGCAAAGGACAGCGUCUGCAAGAACUACUCCUUCGACUGCUCCGGCCAUUGUUGCUGCUAAGGAGACGGUCACUGCUCCCGUCACUGCCUCAAGCUCGAUCGCUGCUUCCACAGCAGCCUCUGCUUCUGGCACUCCUUCAUUACCGGCUUCUGUUCCGCUGGCAUCGCCUUUAUCGCCUCGAUACUCUCGUCAAAGCUCGUCUCAGAGACAUCGGAGAUCUCCCAUCUCCUUUUUUGGCCCUGACAAAGUACCUGCCGAGAUUGAUAACUCCAAGAGGAACAUUCUCAAUGGUAAGUUUAGUAUUCUUGUUAAGGCUAAGAUUGAGUAUGAGAAAGCUGAAAAUUCCAAGGAGAUUAAGAAUCUCAAGGCUAAUGUUAUUAUCCGCAUCGAGAGGCCAUUUGCCACUGCUCCAACUUGGCCUUCUACGAGUGAAAAGUCAUACACAUCGUUUUUCUCUAGACAGCCGGAGUGGGUUCCACCGCCUAUGAGUCGUAAGAUGUACUUUCCAACUCAGCCUGUUCCUAUGCUGGCACCUCAGACAAUGCCUCCUCCGAUGAUGAUGCCAACCGAUGCUCCCCCCCCUAUUAUCGACCGAGGCCAGCUUUCUCCUCAGCGAUCGCCGCAGAUGGGUCAGCCUUUCUUGUCCAACAGCAGGAGUAAUAGUAACAAUAUGCAGCGGUCUCCUUUGCCCCAUCCACAACAGCAGCCUCUACCCCAGCAACAACCUCCUCCUCAGCAGAUGCGCAUGCAAGGACCUCCUGCGCAAAUGGGUGGCAUGCAGAUGGGUGCCAUGUCUCAGUAUCAGUUUGUCUUUCAACAACCCCAAUUCAUCCCUCUGUACUCGCCGGGACCAAUGCCUGUAAACGGUCCUAUUCCUUUCUAUCCGCCUGCUGCAGGUAUGCCUCCUCCAAUGAUGCCUAACAAUGGUGGUGGUUCGAGAAGAAAUUCUCGGAACCAUAGCACACAUUACAAUCGGCAGUAA